AUGGAUGUAUCGACUGUCUUGGACAAUAUUGGGUGGGCUGGCGCUCUAAUGGUAGUACUGACGGGGUUGUAUCUUGCCCUAGACAGAAAACGGAGCAAACCAAUUUUCAGUCGAAUAAGGCGUUGCAGGCCAUUAACAGCCGAAACACCCCCCCGAUCAAUAUUGUUAGGAAAGAGACCACGAAGCCCCGAAUCACCAGAUUAUGCGAAUGUCCUACCGCCGCAACAACGAGAGGCACUUGGUAAGAUCUUGGGUGAAGUACAGCACGUUGAGGAGGAAGAGGUCCUUCAACACAUCUUGCCCAUGGAUACGAGCUAUGAAACUUGCCAGGAGGAAAAGUAUACCCCGACUGGGUUCUCGGUACAGGAGGUUCGAGAGUUGGGGGAUUUCCCGGACUAUGCAGAGCUUAGUGGAGUUCCAUUGCCUCAGCCCUACCACAAGUUCGAUAUCAACAAGUCGCUGGCCAGACCCUAUCGACCGUUCAGAUGGGUUUACCAUCAGACCAUGUCAAUCUCAAAAAUGGAAACAGAUUGGUGGAUCGAACUCGAAAACACCUACAAGCAACGAAUAGCCCAACGCAAAGAACUAUACGCCGAACACGGAAACGGGGUCCUUGGCUACCUCCCCGGCUCCGAACUAGCCUGUAAAGAGCUCAUGGAAAUGGUCCUCCAAAACGUUUGCGCCCGAUAUCCGCAGUACUUCACCUUAGUCGACAAGAGAAUUUUUCAAAACAGAAUCCUUGGCACGGAACAGGACGUCAGGUCCAAGCAUCCUCUGGAGAUUUUGCUUGAUAAUAUUCCCGAGGACUUUGGUCUCACGCUGCGAGAUGAUAAGACUGGUUGUUACAUACUCCGUGCAGGAGUCAUUUGCUCUUCGAUUGGAUGGAGUAUUAACGAGAAGAUGGGCCUUCCACUUCAUUUGAUACACAAGCCUGUCCCGGAUUACAAGGAGAAGAUGCAAACCUCUAUGGAGCGCUUCUUCAUUAAACUCCCAACAUAUAAACCAAUCCAACGUGGUUCCUGGGGCCUCGAAGUCGGCCAGCCCCUAUGGAUGCCAAAAGGCUCCCCCCUCGAAAUUCACCGCACGCACCAAUCUCCCACCCUAAAACUCUCCGACUGCCACCUUCGCGUCGACUGGCAAACACUCCGCCGUCUCCCCCUCUCUGCAGCCGUCGUCUUCAACUUCAAAGCCCUAUUCACGCCGGUGGCGGAGUUCCGCGAUGAGCCGGGUGUCCCGGCACUGGUGGCUAAGAAUAUGAAAGAGGGGAAGAAGACUUUGUUGGAAUAUAAGGGGACUUGGCAUGUUGAGCACGUGAUUUUACCGGUGAUGGAGGAAUGGGCGGAGGAGCAAAGGAGUAAUGGACUUGUGGAGAGGGAUUGGGAGGUUGGGACGCUGGAUGAGAGUCCGUAUUUUGGGGGGUGGGAGGACAAGUGGCAUCGUCAGCAGGGGUUCUAA